AUGACGACUUUUAGCCUUUCUGAGGUCAGCUUUGUGAAACAGCUCAAGAAUUCACCAGUAUCUUGUAUCUUUUGCACGGUAUGGCAUGAGAAAGAUUGUAUCUUGAAAGUGUAUCACUCUCCACGGCCAUUACCCGUCAAACAUCGAACUCAACAUGGCUUCUGUGACCGAGGACAUGUCCCAGCUUUCUAUGGUCUGAUCGAACACAUCAACCCAUUUCAUUAUUUACCAUAUUUGCAAGACUUCGUUGAGGAUACCCUAUAUCCGAAUGCUAUUUUGAUGGAGUAUGUACCAGAUAUUCACCCAAUUGGUCUAUCGAACUACUCCGAAAAACGACUUCAUAAGCUCCAGCAGAUCCUGUUAGAGAUGCACCGUGCUGGUGUUUACCAUGGGGUUCCAUAUCCUCGCAACAUGAUGGUACAGAUAACAUCUGAUCGAGUAUUAUGGAUGGAUUUCGAUCGCGCGCAGACAUUCACGCCCCAGCCGAUUAAACAGUGUCACCUGAAUUGGUUGGAACGUGAGACAAGAAUGAUGAAAGAAUUUGUUGAGGGUCUUACAGCCGAUGCUAAGCUCGGAAGGAUUCAUGAGACAGGCUUUAGACCCCCCAAGGAUGAAGGAAGGGAGGUAUCGCUAAACGAGGAACAGGGGGGAUUAUAG